AAAAAAAAAAGAGUCUGCAGUACAUAGGGCAAGCUGAAGGUGGCUUUAACAUCUUUAGAAUCCAAAGUGAAAGAUUUUAAACAUUUUGCAAAACAAUCUGGAGAAGGAUGUCCUAGACACAAAAGAAGAGGCUCUUACUCUAGAGGAAUUUAGCAAAUGGGAAUUUGCAAAACUGUAUAUAUAAUUACUCCAAGACGAGGAACAGAAUCUCAAUCAGCAACUUACAGAUGAAUAAUUAAACAUUCUGAAAGACAUGACAGACAGUCUUGAUUGCAUUAAACAUGAAAUUAUUGCCUCACACCUGGCAGACUCUGACUUGGAUCUCAAGAAUGAGGAAGCAGAAAUUCUGGAAACGAUGGAAGAAAAGUAUGAAUAUAUUAAAAAUGAGGAUGUGACAACUAGGACGACAUUUGUGAGCAAUGUGGAUUUUAAACAAAAGGAACCUCCCUGCUUACUUACGGUACCAGAAACCUUUGAAGAUGUUGCUGUCACUUUCUCAGAAGAUGAGUGGCAGAUGUUAAGAAAAGAAGAUAAAGACCUUUACCGGGAAGUGAUGGUACAGAACUAUGAAACUCUGGUUUCAGUAGGAUAUACUAUCCCAGCAAAGACAUUAUUACUUAUGUUGAAAGAAGAUGAUGAAUUCUCAAAGUGUGAUGAGAAGAAAACUACCACAAAACAGAAAGAUAAUCUACAAAAUUACCACAGUAUCAGAAGCACAGAAUGCAAAGUGAAUUACAGUCGACAGCCUUCACUUGGGAUACCCCAGUUACAUCGCCCUGUGGAAAACCUGCAGCAGUGUAUUCAGCAUGUGAAGGACCAUAAAAGGCUUCAUUAUACGUCUGUACAUCAGCUUCAAUCAGGGGAUAACUGCAGCAGGAUCCCUGAAUGUGAAAAUGUAAUCCCACAGAUUCAACAUCCAGCAGAGAACCUGCAGCAGUGUACACAGUCUGUAAAGGGAUAUGACAAGCUUCAGGUAACUCCUGUAUCAACGCUUCACUUAGCGCAUAACAGCAGCAAGAGCUCUGACUGUGAAAAACGUCAGAAAGCUGACACAGAGAAGGAACUAUAUAAAUGUGCUGUUUGCAGUAAGGGAUUCACACGUCUUAGUCAUCUUAGAAAUCACUAUGCCAUUCACACUGAAGAGAAACCGUAUAAAUGUACCGAGUGCGGUAAGGGAUAUGUGCAAAAGAGUGAGCUACGAAAACAUCAAAUGGUUCACACCGGGGAAAGACCGUACAAAUGUACUGAGUGCAGUAAGUGUUUUACACGCAGCAAUCAUUUGAGAUGCCACCUUACAAUUCACACAGGUGAGAAGCCAUAUAAAUGUACCGAGUGCACUAAGUGUUUUAAAAGCAGAGAUCGUUUGAUGUACCAUCAGGCCACUCACACUGGCAUCAAGCCAUAUAAGUGUGCCAAAUGUAGUCAGUGUUUCGCACAAAGGUGGUGUCUAAAAAAACAUGAAAGGAUACACACAGGUGAGAAACCUUACAAAUGUGAUGAAUGCAAGAAGUGUUUUACACAGCAGACAAGCCUAAAAUUCCAUAAAGCCAUUCAUUCAGGGAAGAAGCCAUACAAAUGUGAUGAAUGCAGUAAGUGUUACCUACAAAAGAGUGAGCUACGAAUACAUCAAAUGGUACACUCUGGGGAAAGACCAUAUAAAUGUACUGAAUGCAGUAAAAGUUUUACACGCAGCAAUCAUUUGAAGUACCAUCAAACUACUCACAAAAGCGAGAAGCCAUAUAAAUGUGACGAAUGCAGUAAGUGUUAUGUGCAAAAGAGCGAGCUACGAAAACACCAAAUGAUUCACACCGGGGAAAGACCAUAUAAAUGUACCGAGUGCAGUAAGUGUUUUACACGCAGCAAUCAUUUAAAGUACCAUCUGACCACGCACACAGGUGAAAAACCGUAUAAGUGUACUGAGUGCAGUAAGUGUUUUAAAAGCAGAGAUCAAAUGAUAUACCAUCAGGCCGCACACACUGGCGAGAAGCCAUAUAAAUGUGCUGAAUGUAGUCAGUGCUUUGCACAAAGGUGGUAUCUCAAAAAACAUGAAAAGAUACACAAAGGUGAGAAACCUUAUAAAUGUGAUGAUUGCAGCAAGUGUUUUAUACAAAAAACAAAACUGAAACUCCAUCAGGCCGUUCAUUCAGGGCAAAGGCCAUAUAAGUGCACUGAGUGCAGUAAGUCUUAUGUGCAAAAGAGUGAGCUGCAAAAACACCAAAUGGUUCACACUGGCGAAGGACCAUAUAAAUGUACUGUAUGCAGUAAGUGUUUUACACGCAGCAAUCAUUUAAAGUACCAUGAGACAACACAUACGGGUGAAAAACCUUAUAAAUGUACUAAGUGCAUUAAGUGUUUUAAAAGCAAAGAGCAACUGAUAUACCAUCAGGCUACUCACACUGGUGACUAGUAGUCCAUAGAAAUCACAAAAAUUGAUGGGCCAAAAAGAGCCAUAAAGAUGACAGAGUGGACUGUUGAGGAUAAGAAAGAAAUUAUGUAUUGUUACUAUUAUGCAAGAAGCCCAGAAUUUCCAGACAGAAGAUAUACAAAAAGAUU